AUGAAGGAGUGGUGGGUGCAGGUGGGGCUGCUGAGCGUGCCCCUCCUCGCCGUCUACCUGCACAUCCCGCCCCCCAAGCUCUCCCCGGCUCUCCUCUCCUGGAGGUCCUCCGGAGGCUACUUCACCUACAAGGACCAGAACAUCUUCUACAGAGAUUCAACCGGCGCUGUUGGCAGCUCCGACGUCGUCAUCCUCCUGCACGGCUUCCCAACCUCCAGCUACGACUGGUGCAAGAUCUGGGAAGGGCUGACCCAGCGGUUUCACCGGGUGAUUGCUCUGGAUUUUGUAGGAUUCGGUUUCAGUGACAAGCCUAGGCCCCACCACUAUUCCAUCUUUGAGCAAGCCAGUAUCGUCGAGGGGCUGGUGCGUCACCUCGGCCUCCACCACCAGAGGAUUAAUCUCCUGUCCCAUGAUUACGGGGAUACAGUCGCACAGGAGCUGCUACACAGGUAUGAGCACAAUAAAACUGGAAGCAUCUUGAUCAACAGCCUCUGUUUAUCCAACGGAGGGAUUUUCCCCGAAACGCACUACCCCCGGUUCAUCCAGAAGAUCCUCAAGGAUGGGGGUUUGCUGUCCCCCAUCAUCACACGGCUGAUGAACUUCUUUUUCUUCUCCAGGGGGCUCGGGGCAGUCUUUGGACCCUACACACAGCCUUCGCAGGCAGAAUACUGGGAUAUGUGGACGGCAGUGCGGACCAACGAUGGCAAUCUUGUUGUUGACAGUAUUUUGCAGUACAUAAACCAGAGAAAGAAGCACAGAGACCGCUGGGUUGGGGCUUUGAUGUCCACCUCUGUCCCAUUGCAUCUAAUCUAUGGGCCCCUGGACCCUGUGAAUCCACACCCAGAGUUUCUACAGCUUUACAAGAAGGUGCUUCCCAUGUCCACGGUGUCUGUGCUGGAUGACCACAUUAGCCACUAUCCACAGCUGGAGGACCCGACAGGCUUCCUGAACGCGUAUCUGAACUUCAUCAACUCCUUCUGAGCUGCUGCAGCUCAGUUCUCGCUCUCUGUUUAUGAGUCAGGCUUUGGGGGCAGGAAGAAACCUUGAUUUUUAUCUCCAGAUCCAACACUUUGCACUAACACCCUAAUCUUCGGCUGCUAAACUGCUGCAUUUAUGCAGUCAAAUCCUUUGAGCACCGGAAAAGAUUAGCCUGCAGGGAGGCAUGGACAAAACCGCCAGCCUAAGUAGAGUUACAGGACGCUGACAGCUCUUCCAGGCCUGCA